CGGGUCGCGCUCCGCCGUUUCGCGCGGUUCCGGUGAGAAACAUGGCGGCGGAGAUGAGGCUCCCGGCGGUGCACAAACACGUUUCACCGGCAUUAUCUCGGUCUAACCGGGAGGACAAACAUCUGGUGGUUCCUGGCGAUAUCAUCACAUCUGACACGGGCUUCAUGAGGGGUCAUGGCACAUACAUGGAUGAAGACAGACUCACAGCUUCAGUGGCUGGAGAAGUGGAGCGGGUCAACAAGCUCAUCUGCGUCAAACCCCUGAAGACCAGGUAUAACGGUGAGGUCGGAGACGUGGUCGUCGGCAGAAUCACAGAGGUGCAGCAGAAGCGAUGGAAAGUGGAGACGAAUUCACGUCUGGAUUCAGUUCUGCUGCUGUCUUCAGUUAAUCUGCCCGGAGGAGAGCUGAGACGGCGGUCAGCGCAGGACGAGCUGGCCAUGAGAGACUAUCUUCAGGAAGGAGAUCUCAUCAGCGCAGAGGUUCAGUCCAUCUUCUCGGACGGCGCUCUCUCUCUGCACACGCGCAGCUUGAAGUACGGCAAGCUGGGGCAGGGUGUGCUGGUGCUGCUCUCGCCGUCGCUCAUCAAGAGACAGAAGACUCACUUCCACAAUCUGCCGUGCGGCGCCUCCAUCAUUCUGGGAAACAACGGCUUCGUCUGGCUUUAUCCCACACCGGCUCAGCUGGACGAGGAGGCCGGAGGGUUUUACACCAGCAUGGAGCCCGUGUCUCUGUCCGAUCGGGAGGUGAUUUCCAGGCUCAGGAACUGUUUGUUGGCUCUCGCGGCUCAUAAGGUUUUGCUGUACGACACGAGCGUGCUUUACUGCUACGAAGCGUCUCUUGUGCACCAGAUUAAAGAUAUCCUGAAGCCGGAGAUCAUAGAGGAGAUCAUUCUGGAGACACGGCAGCGUCUAGUGGAGCAUGAAGGAUAAACCACUGACUGUCAUUUGAACUGCUUCGUACAAACCCUAUAGUUCAUAUUUUUUCGAAUAAAUGAAUUUGUCAGAAACAAGUGUCUUUUAACAGAAACACAUCACGCACAGCCUCAGAAACUCAAGAGUCGUGUCCGAGGAAGAGUAGCUCAAACUAAGCCCCGUGGAGCCGACUCUCAGGGAAAGCAAGAACUGAUCAAAUGUAAAUGUGUGCCAUGAAUGCAAUGUAGGUCACUUGUAUAAAAGCCUAAAUGUGACACAAAACCAGUCAUAAGUGUCAAUUUUUCAAAAUUGAGAUUUCUACAUCAUCUGAAAGCUGAAUAAAUAAUCUUUCCAUUGAUGUAUGGUUUGUUAGGAUCGGACAAUAUUUGUCUGAGAUACAACUAUUUGAAAAUCUGGAAUCUGAGGGUGCAAAAAAAUCUAAAUAUUGAGAAAAUCACCUUUAAAGUUGUUCAAAUGAAUUCUUAGCAAUGCAUAUUACUAAUCAAAAAUGAAGUUUUGAUAUAUUUACAGUAGGAAAUUUACAAAAUAUCUUAAUGGAGCAUGAUCUUUACUUAAUAUCCUAAUGAUUUUUGGCAUAAAGUAAAAAUCAAUCAUUUUGACCCAUACAAUGUAUUUUUGGCUAUUGCUACAAAUAUACCCCAGCGACUUAAGACUGGUUUUGUGCUGCAGGGUCACAAAUGUAAACGUGCAUUUCAG